CACGCACGCACGCACAAACACAAACCGAGCAGACGCAAGACGUAGAGCUUGACAUCAUUUCUCCAUAGUCCGAGCCAGACGGAGUUGUGCGCGUUAGUUACCCACAUCCGAUCUCAGAACAAGGUGGAACCCUUUGCAGCAGUGGAUGUUCGCAGUGCUAAAAAUUGUUCCACAAUGAGGCAUUGUGCUUUGGUUUUGAAAACUCAUGAAAGAAUGGACAGAUAGAACAAGGCCAUAAUGGAUGAUCCUGGAUUGAAGAUCCUAUCAUUUUCCACCUCAGAGGCCAUUUUGUUUUGUAAAGCAACUCAUCAUACACCAUAAAAACCACAAUCCAUUUGGCAGGAACAAGCCAGAACUGGAUGCCUGUUACAGCUGAGGUUCCUUUAAAUCUUUUCUCUGGAAAAUCCACCCCAAGUUUCAGUUUGUCUUUACCAUGAUGUUGAGAAGGAAACUGUACUUAGGCGCUUUGCUAGGUGCUAUUUUGUUUUUAAUGAUAGCUGCUCACACCAUUCAGAAGGCCAACGUUGUGCCCAUCACAGUUUUACCCUCUCACCACGAUGUCGGGAUACCAACGAAGAACCAGACAGAGUUACACCCUAUCACCAAGCCAACACGAGGUCAUUCUUGUAGCUGUACGUCCUGUAUAGCAGACAUGGGUGUGUCAGAGUGGUUUGACCAACACUAUGAUCAUAAACAGAAACCUUACCUUACCGGCAGGGACGAUGACAUAGAUCCAGUCUCUCUGAAGUGGUGGCUGUCUUUGCAGACAUCUAAUGGAAGGAUCAAGGAUGCCACCCAGAAGAUGUUUAAGAUCAUUUCCCCUCCACCUGAAGACAGAACACCACGGCAAAACCAAUGUCGGAAAUGUGCAGUUGUUGGAAACUCAGGCAAUCUGUUGCAGUCCAAAUAUGGAGCCUUGAUAGAUUCCCACUCAACUGUUAUUAGAAUGAAUAAAGCCAUAACUGUGGGUUAUGAAGAGGAUGUUGGUAACCAAACCACCCACCACUUCAUGUACCCAGAGAGUGCGAUUGAUCUGAGACCUGGUGUCCAUCUUGUCCUUCUUCCUUUCAAAUUGAAAGACUUCCAGUGGUUGUCAAGCGCCCUUUCCACAGGAGAGAUCAAAAUGACGUACAUGAGAGUGAAAAAUCGUGUAAAAGCUGACAAAGACAAGGUGAUAGUUGUAAAUCCAGCCUUCUUUAAGUACACACAUGACAAAUGGACAGAGCAUCAUGGAAGGUACCCGUCCACUGGGAUAGUAGCCAUUAUAUUUGCUCUGCAUCUCUGUGACGAGGUGUCAGUGUUUGGAUAUGGGGCGGACAAACAAGGACACUGGCACCACUAUUGGGAGUUCAACAAAUACGCAGGUGCCUUUCGAAAAACUGGCGUCCACAAUGCAGAUUUCGAAACUGAGAUCAUUCAGAGGCUCAACGCAGAGGGCAAAAUCAAACUGUACAGAUGAGCCUGUAAUUGUGGCCUUUAUUGACUCAGUAGUGCUUAAUGCCAUGUAAAUGCAGGGCCAGGACCUGCACAGCACCCGUAUGAAAGCCAAAGAGACGCAGAUCUGUGAUCCACCCUACUAUUAAUUGACCACUGUGAACUGCACUGAACCAAACCCACAGACAUCAAGCUGUAGUCCUAAGACCAAAUGAACUCCUCCUGUUCUCUAACAGCAUUUUACUCGCUACGUGCCUGAAGAAAAAGACGGAUGUUGCCUUCCUCCCAGUCAGACAUUGAAACUUUGAAGAAGAUGAACAGUAAGCAAAUUGGCUUAAUCUGAGCCCCCUUAUGUACUUCUUUCUUAUUCAAUCUGUUCUGACUAGCCUCACAGUGUCUGCACUGGAAAUUUGCAACGUGACAAAACUAGAUGGGUUUCAUGUAUGAUCAACAAACUGCUAGAAAUAUGUUGAUCAUCAGUGCCAUUCGCUUGCAGAUGUUAUAAAAAUCCAGUUUUCAGGACAUUAAUGCCUUAAAGUCAACAUGAAGCAGCAUUCGCAAUCUACUUUUCCUAGUGCAACAAAAUAUUCAGUGAGGAAAAAUGGGCGGGGUUUGAUUUGAACCAUUGGUAAUUGAUUGGAUCGUGAAAAGUGGGUGUUGGACCAUAUGACAGGUGGAUGGUUGGACAGUUUAGUGAUGUCAGCCGAAAAGAAAUAAGGUAGAGCAAGUUGUUAAAUUUUGAUGAAAGUAGGGCUGGACGAUUAUGACGAUAAGAUUAAUGAACGAUUAUUUUGUUUCUGGGUUUUUUUUUUUUUUUUUUUUGCCCUCAUAGUUCACUGAUAAGGUUUGUACUGUAAAAAUGAUUGAAUAUUAAAGGUGGGAUAUUUUUUCCUAUUGAAAGAGUGAUUGACAGCGCACUUUCAGCAGUUAUUUUAUCUAUGGUUCGUAACAUUUCUUACAGAUUUUUGCUCGUUGUAAAUCAGAUACAGAUAAAUUAGCACAGUACCAGUACGUAAUGAGAGCUUUUGCAUGUGUGAAUUAGUCAUACUGUCUCUCUUUUAAUUGUGAAGCUGUGGGUUGUAAAUAGUUCCUUCAAAAUAUAUGCUAUAAUAAGUUUUGAGUUUCUAAGCUACUUUAGUGAUAAAUCACAGGACAGCGCUGACAACUAGUUUCUGCAUUCCUCUCUGCGCGCGCGAUCUUCACGUUUUCCACAGCUACUGUUUGCAUGAGUGUUCGUGCCACAAUUCAGUUGCGCAAGCAUGGUAGCUCGAUAUAACACACAUCCGAUUGUCUACAAUCGCUUGAAUGUACAAACUAGCAAACCUUUAAACACAUACUGACAAAGUUUAGUGAAGACGCAAGGCUUACCACUCGCGCGCCAUUUCUAUAGGUUGACUCGGCGUUCACCUCCGUGUUGCUUUCAUGCCACUGACUGGACGGGGCAGAGUCAGGUGGCUACACACGCGGUAGUAUGUUUUUAAGGGGGAAGUAUUAACAGGAUUAAAAAACGAAAUAAUCGACAUGGGAAAAUUACGUCGGUUAGAGGUUCUGAAUUUCGAUUACUUUUUGAUUAAUCGUCCAGCCCUAGAUGAAAGCUUAUAAACAUUUUUUCCUUUGAAAUAAUGCACACUGAUAAAUUGUGCAAAAUAAGUAUUAAAAUGUAGUAAGGGGUAGUUCACUUUCUUCUUUGCAACAAAAAAAGAAGAUAUUUUGGGGUUCAAACAACAUUAGACCCCAUUUAAAAAACACUAAAAAUAUCUUUUUGUGUUCUGCAGUAGGGUUGUCAAUGUGUAAAUGCAGAUUUCAGUAAGCUUGCACUUUAUUUAUUGAUAGCCUUAGAAAUUGUGAAGUGAGGGCUCUUCUCUUGCUUUCUGUUUAUUGCCCAUUCACAAUCUGAAUACAAGUUUCAUUUAGAAGCACACUGCAAAGUUUCUGGACUGACAACCAUAUUUAAAUGCAUGAUUGAAUUGGAAUCUUCAGUGAUUGACAGUGAUAACCAAUGGAUGGUACAAAACAGGAAACAUUUUUUGGUCACACUUUAGAUCAGGGUCCAAUUCUCACUAUUAACCAGAGGUGUAAAGUACUUGAGUAAAUGUAAUUAGUUACUGUACUUAAGUAUCUUUUUGGCUACUUUGUAGUUGUACUGAGUAUCAAAGAUAUUGGCAACUUUUACUCUCUACUUGACUACAUUUUUGAGCAAGUAAAUGUACUCCACUACAUUUGUGAUGAGUAAUGCAAUUACAAAUUACAUUUUUGAUGGCAGCUAACUUUUUCUGCAGCAGUUUAUUUCUGAUAUAAAGAAGUGAUAUCACCAUCUAAGGGCAUUGAAGGUACUAUAUCUUGUGCAUUUUGACUUCACUCCCCCAAAACUUGUCAACAAGGCUACUUUACGUGAAUGUGAGUGCAUUAGCAGGUAGUUGCUGAUCGCAGAUGUUUUAUUUAUUAGAUGAGGAAAUGACUGCAGCUAGUGAUGAGGCUCAAACCAGCACAUACAGUAGACUUUGACUAUUUAAUUUUACUUAACAUUGUUUUAUUUAUCCGCUAAAUUGGCAAGACCGUUUCGAAGGAUAUUGGUUUACUUACGGCCUUUUUGUGCACUUGUAGACGUUUAAAAGGUUGUUGUGUCAACCUUGAUUUAUUGCAACAUUGAGGUGUUCAGUUUUGAUUUCUUGAUUUCUCAUCUUACAAAUCAAUUGUUUCUUAUUUUCACUGGCAUCUCUCUCAGGUGUUGAGGACUAAUGCAUCUCUGAACCUACAUUCAGCAUGAGUAAAAUACUUAAGUACUGUUAAAAUCAGAUACUUUAAGACUUUUACUCAAGUCGUAUUGGAAUUGGUUACUUGUAACUUGUAGUGGAGUCAUUUUCGAUGUAAGGUAUCAGUACUUUUACUCAAGUAUGGUUUUCAGGUACUCUUUACACCUCUGCUAUUAACUGACUAUUAACUAUGACUUUUGCCUCAAUAAACCCCUAAUUACUGCUUAUUAAUAGUUAAUAAAGUAGUUGUUAAGUUUAGGUAUUGGGUAGGAUUAAGGGAUGUAGAAUAUGGUCAUCCAGAAUAAGGCAUUAAUAUGUACUUUAUAAGUACUAAUAAACAGCCAAUAUUCUAGUAAUAUGCAUGCUAAUAAGCAACUAAGUUACUAGUGAGAAUUGGACCCUGACAUAAAGUAAUUAAUUGAACAGGUUUUGCUCUGGUACCAAAAUUGGUACUGAGAACCACAAAAUUUUUACUGGAAUUGGCACAGACUACUGAAUUUUUUGGUAGUGUGACAUCCCUAUUCUGCUGAAAAAGUAGUCAUACUGGUUGGGAAUGACAUGAUACAUUAGGGUGAGUAAUGUACGCAAGAUCCAAUUAAAUUUCAUGUAAACUUUAACCUGCAGUGCAUUAAAGCAUUUUAGAUUAUAAAUUUGUGGAUUAUAAGGUUUCAAAAUAUUGAGUAAGCAAUAAACACAUUUUUAAAAAUCAGAAAUUAGUUUGAAUAGCGUAUUAAGACGUUCACAAAUGUUAUUUUAGAUUUCAGCUCAGACAAUUACAGAGAUGCACUGACACUGUUAAAGUCACCACACAUUUCCUGCAUUCAUAUUUGAAGGACUCUUCUUGCCUUAAGGUUCUCUCCUAAUUUAACUGCCAUUGAAAUCACCUAAUUAUACACACAACUCAUGCUGGAACAUGUAUUUGUCGCACAGAGCUGUGAAAGAUUGUAGUUGAGAGUGUAGAGUUUCCUAUGGGAGCGUUAUUUGUGUGUUAUGUGUUUAAUAUCAUUAUAAACCUUUAGACCAAAGCCGUCCCUAGAGUGGUGCGUCUGGUCUCAGUGGCCUUGAAAUGACCCGCUGGCACUCGUACAACAACCUGUCUUGUGAUUUACAGUUCUGGAUAUAGCAAAUGCUGUACUUUCAUACAUGUUUGAUUCAUUAUCUUUUUUGUCCUGUAAUACAAUUGAUCUCUGUAUUUUUGUAGUUGAAAUUACUGGUGGUAGAUGUUCUGUGUUUUUUUCCCCUUUUCUAGUUUGUGUUAUUGUGAACUUUAAGGACUGUGACAAGGUUGAAACUGGAGCUGUAAUUUCAAUGUUUGUUGCCAAGUAUUACCACACAUGUCGUUUGUUCUGUGGUUUUAUGUUCUCGAAUGUAUUUGCAUUCAGUGCUUCUUGUCAGUCAGUGGCUGUCACGGUUUACACAGUUUGCACGGAAAGGAAAGCCACAGAUAAUCUGAUAAUACACAAACACUCAAAUAAAGACACUGAAGAAUUAGAGUUUGGACAAAAAUCGGAAAGAAACCGACAGGAAGUGUUUUAAUCUAAUAAGAAACAAAACCAAAGCAUAAACAAUCAAAAUAAUUUGAAUUCAAAAGUCACAGUUUAGGGCAUUCUGCACAGUAUUAAAAAAUAUUUGAUAAUUUUGCAUAAAUAAAAAUAGAGAAAAACAUACAAGCAUUUUUUUUUUUAAUGAGAUACACAAUACAUAAAUAUCUCACAGUACCCUAUUUUUCCAUUCAGGUUCUUUAACAAAUAAAAAGCAAAUGCUGAAACUUUUUUUUUGUAAUACAUUUUCAACUUUUACUGUAAUACAUGACGGUGUAUAUAAAAGAUCCUCUAGUGCAAGUAGAGAAAUCCAUCACCAAUUAAAAUUGAAUUUUUAUUCCACCUCCCUGCUGGAAUAAUUACCUAGGAGGAGUCCAAGAUAUUGAGCAGUAAAGUCAAGAAAAGUGACUUGACUUUUUUUGCCAAAUGACUUUUUAUGGUUUUGUUUACACCUCAUAUAUUCAAACAACAUGUGACCGCAGAUUUAAUAUUCCCUGGGUGUGACAAUUUGAAAAAAUGUCUUCUGCCACAAGUAGUUCUCUACUCUCAAGCACUUUAAGAAGUUUGAACAUGUUCAAAGACUGUCCAGCUGAAUGUGAUGGUUUGAUCCCAUUGUAAUGGCCAAAUUGUGUGGUGUGUGCACAUCUUUGUAAGCUUCUUGUGUUCAUGAUGUUUUGUGUGAACCUGUGAUCUGUUUUCAAUAAACCACUUACUUAACCAUUUA